AUGAGUGUUGGUGCUGUCUUAUCCAAAGUUUCUUUAGCAGGAGCAGUGGGAAUAACAAAAGAAAAACGAGAUGAUUAUGAGAAUUUAUUAAAAUACUGUAGUCCUGCUGGGCAAGAGUUUGGAAACAAUUUCCUAAGCAAGACAACUGUCAAAGAUGAAAAAUUGGAUAAGAAGAUAAAAAAAGAGCAAGUAAAAACAGAAGUGCCUGAUAAAAAAUCGGAAAAAGAAGUAAAGCAAAGUGAAAAAAGGAAGGCAGCGCCGAAAAAUGAUGAGCCACCAAAGAAGAAGUUAAAACCAAAAGAAAAUAAAUCGAAACAAGCGAAACAAAACCCAGAGGCAAAAAAGAAGUUACGCGCCGAAGAAAAUAAAUUGAAACAAGCUGAACAAAGUACAGUGAAAAAGAAGUCACAAGUCAAAGAAAAUAAAUUGAAACAAGCGAAACAAACCCCAGUGGCAAAGAAGAAAUAA